AUGGAGGACGCUGGUCCCUCCCUCCUCCCUGACAGCAUCCUCUACCAGAUAUUUCUGAGCUUGGAGCCCGCGGACCUGCUGUCAGCUGGGCUGGUGUGCAGGCGCUGGUAUGCCGUGUCCCGCGAUGACUUCCUUUGGAAGGAACUCUUCUACAGAUACUACCAUGUGCAGAGGCUCAUCCAUCGCUACCCAGGCACAGACUCUUGGUAUGCAGAGUUCCAGCGUCUUCGUGACACUGUUCCAUGUGUGGAGGUUCAGAGACUCCAAGAACACACGGACCAGGUCCUACACAUCAGCUUCUCACAUACUGGGGACUUGUGUGCCUCUUGUUCUAAGGACUGUACAGUCAAGAUCUGGAACACCAAACACCCCUUUACUCUCCUGCACAGUGCUAACAUGAGACCCCAUCACUGGAGCUACACUCAGUUCUCGCAGUUUAAUUAUGACGACACACUCCUUCUGGUGUCUGGGGUUUUUGUGGGACCCCAUAACUCAUCCCGCAGGGGAAAUUGCAGUUUUCAGUAUUGAUGGGUUCAACCUUUUGUCUCGGGUAAGGAAUAAGCCAUAUGAUGUGUUUGGCUGCUGGCUUAAUAACACCCACCUUAUCUCUGGGAAUCUUCACCGCAUGGGCCGCAUCACCUCCUGCUCUGUCCUCUGGCUUAACAAGGCUUUCCAGGAUGUUGAAUCCGAAAACCUUAAUGUGGUAAAGAGACUUUUCAAAAUACAGAACUUGAAUGCCAGCUCCAUCCGUAUGGUAAUGGUUGCGGACUCUCCAGAACUCCUUGUGGAGGCCGGGGAGAAGACUGAUGAAACAGUACAGGGCCCUACCAGACCACUGGAGGAGGAGAGUAUGGAGGAGGAAGAAGAAGAGGAUGGUGAGGAAGAUGGGGAAGGAAGAGAUAUUGUUGGAGAAGAUGCUCAAAUUGCAGCAGCCCUUCAAAUCUUUGUAGACAUGGAUGCCCAUAAUCAGCAGCCACUUCCUCCUCCAAUGACCAGAGAACAGUUGGAGACCAAAGUAGCCCAGUUAUAUGCAAAAUACCGGACAAGGAGGGCCAACAGUCCUCAAAACCCUGAAGGGAACAAGAAAUACCUCAUCUUCACCACAGGCUGUCUCACCUACUCACCGCAUCAGAUAGGGUUUAUGCAGCUCCUUCCUCAUCAGAUGACCACAGAAGGGCCUGUGCUGGGCGAGAUUCGUGGCCCUAAUGAAUUCUUCGACCCCCUUAACCAUGUAAUCAACAUUCAUGGACACAUUAUUGGCAUGGCCCUGUCUCCUGACCACAGGUAUCUCUAUGUCAAUAGUCGACCCUGGCCUCGUGACUGUGUGAUCUCAAAUCCCAUGGAUCCUCCGCCCAUCGCCGAGGAAAUAGAACUACGAGUUUUUGACCUGCGGACCUUGAGGGAAGUGAAGGAGCCUCUUCGAGCUCAUCGUGCCUACACCCCAAAUAAUGAAUGCUUCUUCAUCUUUCUUGAUGUUAGCAAGGACUUCGUGGCCAGCGGAGCGGAGGAUCGCUGCGGCUACAUCUGGGACCGCCAUUACAAUGUCUGCCUAGCCAAGCUGCCUCAUGAGGAUGUAGUGAACUCUGUGGCUUUCUGUCCAGUGGAUCAGGAAUUGCUGCUCAGUGUCAGUGAUGACUUUACAAUUAAAGUGUGGCGAUCACCCCGUUCCCAGCGCAGCUCCAUGGAUCCUCUGGAGUCUAGCUCCUGGCUGCCAUCCCACAUGAGCUGA